AUGCAGGACGGCACUUGGCUGGAGAAGCCGCGUCGCACCUCGAGCUCGGCUCCAGCCCUUCCUCUGAGGGAGCUCAUGGGUCCCCCCCACAAGCUACCUCCCACAGCUAGCAACUUCCUCUUGUACCACCCGGGACGUCCUCAGAAGUGCUCUUAUGUAGGCGUCAACCUUCGAAAACACAGAUCCAAAAAGGAACAGCAUCCACUUCAGGGCUACCCAUGGUCCUGGUGCUCCACAGUCCUCGAACCAAUGGUGUCGUGGAAAGAAACCGUAGGAACAAGAGGAAUAGCAGCACUGCAGCAGGGGAGAACAAGCUGUUACGCUUGCGAUGAACCUCCACCGAGGAGGGUUAAAGAAGUGCCUACUGAAAGAUGGGACAAGCCUCCCUAUCCCCAUGGUACUAAAGUAACAUACAGAUGUCGGCCUGGAUAUAUAAAACUUGGACGAAUUGUAUUUGAGUGUGCUGAUGGAGCAUGGAAACAACUCUUCCCAGGGACAGAAUGCAGAAAUAAGCCCUGUGGACAUCCUGGAGAUACUGAGUUUGGUUCCUUUGAACUUACCAGUGGAAGUGAAUUUGUAUUUGGUGCCAGAGUGGAGUACAGAUGUGAUGAUGGAUACUGGAUGCUCAGCCAAAGAAAUUACCGUGAGUGUAAGGCAGAUGGAUGGAGCAAUGACAUCCCUCACUGUGAAGUGGCGAAGUGUUUACCUGUACAAGCACCGGAAAAUGGAAGAAUAAUUACGACUGGUGCAUUUGAGCUUGGCCAAGAAUAUUCUUUUGGCCAGGUUGUAAAAUUUGAAUGUAAUGCAAAAUACAAGCUUGUUGGAGCUAAAGAAAUUAUUUGCUCAUCUAAUGGAAAAUGGAAUAGUGAUGUGCCUCAGUGCCAAGAAAUUAUCUGUGAUGUGCCAAAAAUUCUACAUGGAUAUGUACGGUCUCCAAAGGCAUCUUACAAGGAAACUGAACAACUACAGUUUGCCUGUGAUAAAGGAUACAGAUACCAUGAAAGAGCAGAUGCACGAUGUACAGCAUCAGGGUGGAAUCCAAUCCCCUAUUGCACUG